GAUUGAGUGAAACGUUAGAAUGAACUUUGGUAAAAUUCUAAAAUGAAGACGCGCGAUCGUCGAGCUAAACAAGAUUUUCGAGGAAAGCAGGAUAAGAAGGGAGUGAAGCAGGAAGUGUCGCGGAGCGGGAAAAAGCACGCGAACUCUAUUGGAGCCGCGGAAUCAGCUGCCGCGGCUCGCGAGCGCACCAAGAGAUCCGGCGUGGAGGCUGUGAAGCUGCACCUGCAAGUUACCGGCGACCCCGGGAGAACAUCACGAUCUGCUACAUCGGUUCGUAAGACGAGCAUCCGAAUGACUGCUAUAAAGGAAUACCCCUUCGACUUGAGCGAUUUACAAAAUCAACCGAGCGUCGCCGGUGACACGCGACCAACGCAAACGCAGCCUGCGCAAACGCAACCUGCGGCAACGCAACCAAACCCACCAGCGAUCAAACCUCGCGUCUCCGUCCCCUCACUAGAAGGAAAGAGAAAAGUUUCCAUCAUGGCCGACGAGUCCAGUAAGGAUCGAGAAAAUCUGCCAUCGGACAGGAAUGGCAGCGUAUCAGCAAAAGCGGAAGGGCCUUCGCGCCGCAAAAGCAACCUUCACAAUGCCAUGGCAGCAGACAUGGACUCCUCCUGGGACCGCCAGACACACAUCGAGGGCAGAUUCAAGAAGUAUUCCACGACAUCAUCCGUUUACUCAAAGAAGGCGCUAUCACAACAAAGCGAAUACAUUGAAAGAUCUUGGUGGUACGCGUGUUGCCAAAAGUGUCAUUCAGAGGACUCCGGUAUUCCCUCGUGGGAACCACCGAACUGGCAGAAAGUCUGCCCCUAUCCACUAUGUCCUUCAUACCGGCAAUUCGCACAAAACAUCGCAGUACUAAUCAUUGGCAUAUUGGUGUGGGUGAUCGUAUGGAUAGUGAUGGGCGAGACAGCUGCGCCUGGGGGCCAGCUUUUCUCCUUCGCCGUACUGACCAUCGCCGCCUACUUCGGAGGAUGGCUCAUGUUGAAGAUUACAACGUUGCCAGCUCUCAUAGGAAUGCUUAUAGUGGGGAUCAUUAUGAAAAACGCCGGUCUCGUCAAUUUUGAUGAGACCUAUCAACACGUUGCUUCCUAUAUCAGAAAAAUUGCGUUAACUAUCAUCUUAACGCGUGCUGGCUUGGACUUGGACCCGAAUGCUAUGAAGAAGUACUUCUUAACAGUGAUCAAGCUGGCGUUAGUUCCCUGGACAUUCGAGUGUAUACUCUGCGCAGUACUCGCCUAUUUCCUACUAGGACUGCCCUGGAAUUGGGCGUUCCUAUUAUCAUCAAUCGUGGCUGCUGUGUCUCCGGCUGUGAUCGUACCGUGCCUAUUCAGGCUACGUGAGAAGGGCUAUGGUGUCUCCAAAGGCAUCCCAACCCUGGUGUUGGCAGUAUCGGGCGUGGAUGAUGCCGCCAGUGUCGCUGUCUUCGGAAUCGUCUCAUCCAUCAUGUUCUCCAGUGCUUCUCUUACUAUGAAUGUUAUUCAGGGUCCAUUGAGUGUGAUCGGUGGAAUAGUGCUGGGAAUAUUAUGCGGCUAUCUAGUGAAGUUUGUUCCGGAGCGUAAUGACGCCUUCUUGGUGCCUCUACGAGUUAUCUUACUGCUGGCUGGUGGAUUGAUGAUGGUACUCGGCUCUGAAGAAAUUGGAUGGGGUGGUGCUGGUCCAUUGGCAGUUAUCGCGUUCGCGUUCGUGGCUUGCAAGAACUGGACAGACCUUGGCUGGGAGCUGGAAGACAACCCGGUAGCCACCGCCUUCGAAAUAUUCUGGAUGUUCUUCGAACCUAUGCUCUUCGCAGUAACUGGUGCUCAAGUUGUAAUCGCAGAUCUUGAACCCCACUUGGUUUUGAUUGGUGGUGGUAUACUGGUGCUGUGUGCGGUACUCCGCGCCAUCGUGACCAGCACCUGUGCAGUCCGCAGCAACCUCAACAUGAAGGAAAAGAUUUUCGUCGGCCUCGCCUGGAUGGCCAAAGCUACAGUACAGGCCGCUCUCGGACCAGUUGCUUUGGAUGAAGUGCGUAAAAUGGCCGGCGGAGAGCCUGACCCAGUGAUGAUAGAGUACGCAGAGACCGUGAUUACAGUUUGCAUCAUGUCCAUCGUGAUCACCGCACCCAUCGGAGCCAUCGUCAUCACGCUAACUGGGCCCAAACUACUCUCAAGAACAACUAAGCCACCGGUCUUGGAAGGUUGGCGACGAUCCCACCGUCCGUCUAUCCGCGACAUCUCUAUCAUCGACGAGGAAGAGGUGGCGGAACGCGAUGCGGAGGCAGAGGCGGAACACUCGCGGCCGAGCAGCCCGAAGGCCCGGCCUGCAGUGGCCAGCAGCACUCCGGCGCCCAUCACCGUUCAGCCCGGACACAACAGCUCUUGACUGCCAUAACUUCUACAACACUUCGAUCACUGCUGCCAUUCCAUUUGCGACCUUGUUCGACCCCACUUUUACUAUGAGCUGCUUAAUGGUCUCGUAUAAUUUAUUGAUACAGGGAUUUAGUAAGACGACGCUCACACGAAGGCGUUCUGUAAUGGAUGCGCGCAACAACGGCCUGAGUCAUUUUGUUCGAAAGAUAUUCAAAUGCCUGUCUGGGCAUUAGAGUAACACAAACUACAUGUGUACAUCCGUGUAGUCCGGUUUCAUCCUCAUUUACGAAAUUAGUACAGAGAACCCACGAAUGUAAAAAUUACCUAGAUAUGCUUUACAGUUACACAG